AUGGAAACUGUUUUCUCCUCUCCUAUUGGCCAAUUCAACAACACAGCCGACCAACCAGGCUUCCGCUCUACCCGGACGUUUCGCAUUAUGGACGAUGAUGGCAGUAAAUCUCUGGACUUCCAGGAGUUCGAGAAGGGGCUGGAGAACUACGGCGUGUCUGUGGGGAAGGACAAAGCACAGCAGAGCUUUGCCGUGAUGGACAAGGAUGGAACUAUCAACUUUGAUGAGUUUCUUGAGAAAUUAAGGCCGUCCAUGUCGAGCGCACGGAAACAGGUGAUCAAUCAGGCUUUUCGGAAGUUUGAUAAGACAGGAGACGGCGUUGUGACCAUAGAAGAUCUACAGGGUGUUUACAACAGCAAACACCACCCCAAAUACAAGAGCGGAGAGUGGACAGAAGAACAAGCCUUCCGCUCUUUCCUGGAAAACUUCGACUCAGG